AUGGCUGACAGUGCCGCGGCUACCGCCGCCCCCCGUCCCGGCGUGAAGGGCGGCUCGUCUGGGCCCUGGUGGAAGUCGCUGACCAGUAAGAAGCACAAGGAAGCGGUGGCCGCUCCGCCACCAGCUCCCGCCAGCGAAGCCCCCGCCGCCCCGCCUAGCCCCGGCGGGCGGGAGGAGCAGCCGGCCCUCAUCGGCAGCGGUGAUGCCGCGGGGACGGGCGGGGGCAACCGCCGGAGCCUCCGCGUCUCCCAUUCGGGCCGCUUCAAGGAGAGGCGGAAGGUGCGCACCUCGUUGCUGGCCGACAACCGCGAGGUCUUCGACGGAGGCGGUGCCGUGGGCACUGCCACCCAAGGAGCCGAGUAG